GGGUAAGUGAGAUUCUGACCAUUAAGCUUAGCUCAAUAUGAUGACUUGAUAGGUGCAAUAUUACGAACUAUGUAAUAAAUGUGACAAACGUAGUCAUGGCCGCCAUGUUGGGCAUUGUGAUGAUUGCUCGCUUAUAUGCCAUGUAUCAGGGAUCUAGAAUUAUGCUUAUUUUCCUUGUGAUUAUCUUCCUGGCUGUCAACAUCGCCUGCGGAGUAAUCGCGGGAAUAGUACUGAAGCAUUUUGUAGGGGAUGUGUGGAUAAUCUCUGGUACAUACAUGUGCAAUACCAAAUAUGAGGGGGAUUACCAGCUUCUCACUUCAAUGGUUUGAAUGCUCAACACUGUUUGGGAGGUCCUCGUACUGUAUCUUUCAGUCUGGAUUGCUGUGAAACACUUCCGUAACCU